AUGGAUGGUGUUAUUCUCACUGAUGAUGAUUAUGUAAGCAUUGGUCAAGUAAAAUGGGAUUUGGGACAAACCUUUGAUAUUACGGAUUUGGGGAAUCUCAAGUAUUUUCUAAGGAUUGAGCUCACAUCAGAAUCUAGCGAGCUGUUAUUAGAGGAUCCAGGCAUGUAUCAGAGGCUUGUUGGGCAUCUCAUUUACUUGACCAACACUAAACUUGACUUGACAUUUGCGGUUAUUGAUCUGCAACCUAGGCUCUCUUGUUUCACUGAUGCUGACUAUGCAGGAUCUAGAACUAAUCGGCAUUUUACUUAUGGUUUCUCUACUUUCUAUGGUGAUUAUCUUAUAUCAUGGAAGAGUAAGAAGCAUGGAGUUGUUUCUAGAUCUUCUGUAGAAGCCAAGUAUCGAGCUAUGGCACAGGGAACAUGUGAUGUGAGAUUCUAUGGCUUCGUUCUAUCCUAG